AUGCCGCAGCACGCGCAGACGCACGACCUGGCGGCGCUGUUGGCCUCCGACCACGUGCAGUACGUCAAGGCCCGCCGCGAGGACUUCACGCGCUCCUACUUCCCGCUCUCGGCCGCUGAGAUUCGCGCGCUCGAGGCCAACGGCAACACCGCUGAUGACUGGCGCGACGUGCGCAAGACCCACGAGCACGCGCCGCUGCAGACGGCGAGCAUCCGCCAGUGCUCAUUCCACGGCCGAGUGGCGCUCGGCAGCUUCUCGGCCUCGUACAGCCACGACGUGGACGGCAUCCCGUUCCGCUGCGGCGUCUACAACUCGGCGCUGAGCAACGCGGUGGUGCUGGACCACGCGCUGGUGAAGGACACGCUGGUGCUCAAGGACGUCCUCGUGGACGCGCGCGCCGCCGUCAUUCAGUGCGGCAGCGUCACAGGCCCAGCAGCGAGUGCAGGCGCCUCCGCCUGUGGCAACGGCCACCUGCUCCACGUGGGGGUGGAGACUGGCGGACGCGACCUCCGCGUGGUGGCGGACAUGCCCUUCUCACUGGGCGCUGCAGUCGCUACGCAGAGAGGAGACGUCGAGUUCUUGAAGACGUACGACGCCUUUGUGGACAAGUAUGUGGCCGAGGUUAAGGCGCCGAUGGCGAUUGUGGCGCAAAAUGCGCGUGUGCGAGGGUGUUCACGGGUGGAAGGGGCAUUUGUGGGCGACUAUGCGCUCGUGGAGGACAGCGACAUCGCCAAUUCGACGAUUCUGUCGACUGCGGGGGAGCCGUCAGUUGUCCGGAUGAAGAGUAUCGUCCGCGACUCGAUCGUGCAGUGGAACUCGACUGUUGAGGCGCUCAGCGUGGUCGAAGGCGCGUUCUUGUGCGAUACGUCGCAUGUGGAGCGCCACGGCAUCGUCAUGAGCUCCGUGAUUGGGCCCAACACGUCCGUGGCGGAGGGCGAGGUGACCUCCAGCUUCGUGGGGCCGUUUGUGGGUUUCCACCACCAGGCGCUCUUGAUUGCGUCCGUCUGGCCGAAGGGCAAAGGCAACAUUGGCUACGGAGCGAACGUCGGCAGCAACCACACGUUGAAGGCGCCAGAUCAGGAGCUGUUCCAUGGCGAAGGGGUGUUUUUCGGGCUGGGGUGCAACGUCAAGUUCCCCAGCAACUUCGUCAAGGCUCCGUAUUCGGUGAUUGCAACUGCAGUCAACACGCUGCCGCAACUAGUGGCGAUGCCCUUUGCGCUGAUUAACACGCCAGCUCACAUCAUUCCGUCGCUGUCACCGGCCAUCAAUGAGAUUUCACCAGGGUACGUUGUUUUAGGAAGCCUCCACUGGACCGUCUGGAUGGGCUGA